GCCACGCAAAGGACCCUCCCCCGAUGGCUGCGACAGAAAUGCCCUGAAGUUGUAAAGUUAUGCUCUUCUGUCUUCCAAGACUUGGAAGUAAAUUUCAAAGCGGGAAAUUAAUCAUAUUUUGAGUCAGACCGACUUCGCGAUUGUUUGUUGUUUAUACUAACGCUGGUGGAAUAACACAUGCUUUUCACUCAGGACCAUGCAGUUACUGGAGACCUCUGCUGUCGUGCUGGUUCUGAGCGUUCUGAUUUCUCUGUGUUGGUCUCUGAACCCCAGAGAUCGUAAUGUGUGUAGCCUGUGGGAGAGUUUUACAACAUCGGUGAAGGAGUCCUAUGCCCAUCCUUAUGAUCAGGCGACAGAGGAGCCUUGCUCUGACAUACGCACUAACUACAGAUGCACCCAUCACAGGAUCACCUAUAAGACAGCAUACAGACAGGCGGUGAAGAUGGACUACCGCCGCAGGUACCAGUGCUGCCCUGGCUACUACGAGAGCCGAGACAGUUGUGUCCCCCGCUGCACUAAAGAAUGUGUCCACGGAAGAUGUGUUGCUCCAGACGGCUGCCAGUGUGAGAAAGGCUGGCGUGGCGACGACUGCUCCAGUGCCUGUGAUGACAAACAUUGGGGUCCAGGCUGUGGUAAGCUGUGUAACUGUGAGAAUGGAGGCCUGUGCAAUCCUGUCACCGGUUCCUGCCAGUGUACCCCAGGCUACAUUGGCCGACGCUGCGAGGACCCCUGUGCCCCGGGAACCUUUGGCAAGGGCUGUCUUCAAAAGUGCCAGUGUGGAACUGGCGGGUCCUGUGAUAAAGUGACCGGAGAAUGUGUUUGUCGAGAGGGUUUCACUGGGACCUUAUGUGAGAUGGCAUGCCCAAAGAGUCGAUGCAACCGCCGAUGCCCAUGCCAGAAUGGGGGCAUCUGCCAGGGGAACGGGGUCUGUGUUUGUCCCCCUGGGUGGACGGGUCAGGUGUGUACAGAGCGCUGUGCAGAGGGCAAGUUCGGAUCUAACUGUGGCCAGACGUGUGUGUGUCACAACAGGGGCCACUGCCACCCCGAGACAGGCCAGUGUCAGUGUGCUGACGGCUUUACUGGACACCGGUGCAGCGAGGAGUGUCAGGUGGGCAGUUAUGGACGGGACUGUGAGGGGGUGUGUGACUGCGCCAACGGGGCGCGCUGCUACAACAUAGACGGGGGCUGUCUGUGUGAGCCGGGCUUCAGGGGACCCCAGUGCCGGGAGCGGAUGUGUAAGCACGGCACCUACGGCCUGCACUGUGAACGCACCUGUCUGUGCCACGACACACACACACUCAGCUGUCACCCAAUGAAAGGCGAGUGCACGUGCCAGCCAGGAUGGGCGGGGCUGUACUGCAACGAGACCUGUGCCCGUGGUUACUACGGCCAUGGUUGCCUGGAGCCCUGCCUGUGUGUCAACGGAGGGGUGUGUGACAGCGUGAGCGGACGCUGCCUCUGUCGUCCGGGUUACACGGGAACACACUGUGAAAUCCCAUGUAAGAGUGGUACGUAUGGGAACAACUGUUCUCUGGAAUGUUCCUGCUCCAACUCAGUGGACUGCUCUCCUGUUGAUGGGACCUGCUUCUGCAAAGAGGGCUGGCGAGGACAGUCCUGCUCUGUGCCCUGCUCUGCGGGCACGUGGGGCCCGGGCUGCAACGCCACGUGCCGGUGUGCCAACGGGGCGUCGUGUGACCCUGCGGAUGGAUCGUGCACCUGCACUGCCGGCUGGCAGGGGCGCCUGUGUGAUCAGCCGUGCCCGAAGGACAUGUUCGGCGCCGGCUGUUUGAAGAGGUGCGCCUGCAUCCAUGCAGAAGGCUGCCAGGGGGCCAGCGGGCAGUGCUGGUGUCUGCCAGGGUGGACGGGUGCCCGCUGUGACCAGCCGUGCCCGGAGGGUACGUGGGGACAUCGGUGCAACCAGAGCUGUUCCUGUCAGAACAGCGCCGCCUGUCUGUCACAAAGCGGCGCCUGUGUCUGUCGCCCCGGUUACUGGGGACACCUCUGCCAGCAGAUGUGCACCGCUGGCUUUUACGGUGCUGGGUGCGGUAAACCGUGCCCGCCGUGCGCCCACUCCUCCUCCUGCCACCAUGUCACCGGCCAGUGUGUGUGCCCCCAGGGGUAUAUUGGAGCCCUCUGUGAACAAGCCUGUCCGGUGGGUCGUUUUGGUCAGCAGUGUACUGGAGUGUGUCGAUGUGCCCACAACUCGUCGUGUCACCAUCAGGAUGGGUCGUGCCACUGCCCCCCUGGAUGGACCGGCUCUGACUGCUCCCUACAAUGCCACCCUGGGCUGUUCGGGCCUAACUGUGCCCAACAUUGCUCCUGCCCAGCUAACUUCUACUGCGACCCACACACAGGAGAGUGCGUGUGUGAAUCUGGGCCAGGGAUCGACUGUAAAAAAGAGCGCUUCGUGAGCAUGAUGGUCCCCGUGUCCCCGGGGGAGAGGGACUCCUGGGGGGCCAUAGCGGGCAUCGUAGUCCUGGUCCUCCUGGUGGUGCUGCUGUCCACCCUGCUGCUGCUCUACCGCCGCCGGCAGAAAGACAAGCAGGCCAACACGCCCACGGUGUCCUUCUCCGCCGCGCGCACCGUCAACUCCGAGUAUGCAGUGCCAGAUGUUCCUCACAGCUACCAGCACUACUACUCCAACCCCAGCUACCACACCCUGACUGGUGGCCGACCCCCUCUACCGCAUGUCCCCAACAACCAAGACCGCGUCAUCAAGAACACCAAUAACCAGCUCUUCUGUAGUGUGAAGAACAUGGAGAGGGAGAGGGGGCGUGGCCUAUUUGGGGUAGAGAGCAACGCCACUCUGCCUGCGGACUGGAAACACCAUGAGGAUCGCAAAGAACCAGGAGCUUUCGGUAUUGACCGCAGCUAUAGCUACAGCGCCAGCCUUGGGAAAUAUUACAACAAAGUUCUAGAUCCCUGUAGCAGCUUACCUGUGGUAACUUCAACGUUCUGCCCCCUGUUGGUGACAGAGCUGAAAGACACUGCAGCAGCAGUUAGCAGCAGUUCUCUGAACAGUGAGAACCCCUAUGCCACCAUUAAAGACCUGCCGGGCCUGCCCUUCAUCCCUCCUGAGAGCAGCUACAUGGAGAUGAGAACGGCUGUGCCCAGGGAGAGGUCUUACACUGAAAUCAGCCCUCCACCGUUCAGAACCGCCACACUACACAGAGAGUGCAGUUCUCUUGGGCAGGUCCCAGAGCAGGAGUCCCCAAAUCACUAUGACCUUCCUGUGAACAGCCACAUCCCUGGACACUACGACCUGCCACCUGUUCGCCGUCCACCAUCUCCCACACGCAAGAGGCUGCCCCAAUGACAGCAGCCCUACCCCAAAAAAAUUAUAAAGACUUUUUUAACCGCCAUCCCAAAACUUUGGUUGGAGGUUGUUUUUGGGUUGUUCAAGGCUACGAUACAACUGUCAGAUGCAAUUGCACGUAGCAGAUCGCAGACUGUCAAAGAUGGCACAAUAUGUUAUUGUUUGUCUACGUUUACAUUUCAGCACUGCCCCCUGGUGGAUCAAAGUGUAUUAUUCUCCACCAUGACAGGCUUGUGAUCCAGACUUAAUGGCCAAGGCCUGUGGGGAUGGACUUUGAGGAUGCCAGUCUUGCGAUUUGAGGACAAACAUGGAUACAUAUGAGUUUGAUCAAAAUGUGGAUUCUUUUGAAUUUCCAUUUGAAAGGACUUGGCUUUGAGAAUGUGCAGUUUGCACAUAAUCAAAAGGCAUAUCUCCAAUAAUGUCAGUAAUUCAUUAUGACAUCCACUCAAACGCCAUUUCUCCUCUACACUAUAGGCCACAGAAUGACAGAUGACCAUUGGAGAAUCAAGAACAUUAAGUGCUCAGUUCAAUUUUAUAACUGAAUAUCAGCAUAACAGCGUGAUUUAAAAAGGCAAUGUUUAGAGGAGACUUGUGUUAGAGACUGGAUUUGUGGUAAAUGCUGCAUGUUGGCUCAAUCGCAAAUUACUUUUACAUUUCUAUAAUGCAAUCUGUACAGCUUCAGUGACAUUGAAUGAAGAGCCCCCGAAGCUCCUGCUCAGACUGUUUAUCAAUGUUUUUGGAUGUAAUCAUUCAAUGUUGUACAUAAUGUACAUAAAAUCCCUGAAUAUUUUAUGUACCUGUUCAGAUUCAUUUUUUACUCAAGUUGCCAUUGAAAGAGGCAUUAUGUAGUGUUUGCAUUGUAAUAUAAGAAAAUGGUCAUAAUAUAUCUGCAGUAUUAAUGGAAUGAUAGUGCUUCACACCAUUUACACAGCAGAAAUUAUUUUGGGUGCAUAGAAAAGGUCAUCCUUAAUUGCUGAAUUUCUAUUGGUCAACAGUAAGCGCGACAAAUGGAAAAUCAACACUCUCCCACUCUUCUGUUGGUAUCACAAAGACACAAAAUCAUCUUUUUAAAUAAGCACUGGCAGAUGUGGGCAAGCAAGAAUGUCAGGUUGAUGAAGUUCACUUGAUUAAAAAAAUUAUAAUACAUCAAAAAAUAUAUACAUAUUACAUUUAAAAACAUUUAAUUAUGAGUCAACCACAAGACUUGUUGGGAAAAUAAUUUUACUCAAUGGCAAACAAAGAUAGCAAAUAAUCAUUAUUCCAUUCUACUUGGUUUGCAUGUUUUUUCAUAUUUUGCAUUUUUUUGUAAAUCAACUGAGCAUUAUGUACAAGGACAAUUUCCAUACAAAUAUACAGUACAUACUUUGUAAAUCUAAAAAAUGUAUUGUCAACAAAAACUGAUUGACAAAAACUGUAUCUUUGGAAUUGACCAUUUUCAUAAUGCACUGAAAGAAAAUAUAUAAUUUCCAUUAAUCAUCACUAGCAGGUCUCAAUAAGGCACUUUUUAAAUGACAAACAAAAUACAGAUUUGGGUGAUUUUCACUCGAUUUGAUUCAUAAAAUGGUCUUCACUACUUUUAAAGUUAUUAUUCAAUUUGUAAAUAUUACCAUUAGAAUAAAUGUGAAGUAAAAAGAAAACUGAAUCAGUAAAAAAUAAUAUACUUUUUUUCUCAGGUAUAUCUGGGCAGUGAGAAUGUUCUCUGUCCUAUUUGGUAGUGAUUGAAAUUUGUAUGAAGUACAAAAAAAUAAAAAUAUUGCAAAAAAUUAUGCUCCGAAAAUCUUUACUGCUUCUACAUCUGAAAAAGGCUUCUAGACACAUGCCUCUACUAAUAUGCAUAGAUAAAGCAAUUCAAAAUGGUUGUUGCUCAUUUUGUCAAAAUGUUGAUAAGAAUAUACCUUCAUACCCCUCCCAUCAACCCUAAAAAAACAUGCCCAAAACAAAGCAACAAAGCACAAAAAAGGAAUAGUAAUCAAUCAGUGGAAGAGAGGCGUCUUGACAGUAGUUUCCAGACUACAAUACAUGACAAGAGGGAACAUUAUGUCAAUGUAAUCAUAUCAUGAUGAAUCAAUGGUUUACUAUUUCAGAUUUUGUCAAAUGGACAUAUUCUAUGUGAUAUGUAAACAUUCAUUGAUUUAACACAAUCAUUAAUUACACUGAACAUACACUGAGGCAAUAUUAGCAUCAGCAUAUGAAACAUAGUUCAUGGAUUUACCUGCAAAUACCAUAUAGUCUAAUGUUCGGGCUAAGACAAGGCUCAAUAUUUGCAUUCAUACUUCUUGACAAUUCACCUGAUACAAAUACGUUUGUACUUCUGUCAUGAGAUGGUGAGCAUUGUAAAACCCAGGAAACCAUUUCUCAAGCUGGUUCAUUACCUUAUCCAUAAACAUGCAAAAUCCAAAUAGAGCGUUUAAGCAACAUUACUAUAAUCCAUCUGGCAAUUAUAUCAGAUACAUUCAAAUGGCAGCAAAAUAGUAUUAAAUCAUGUGGUCAUCAGUUGAGUUUCCCUAGAAUGCCCUAAAUAAACUAAAGAAAAAAUAGUGAGGCACAUUUGUGUUUUUUUUUCCAUACAAAACAUAAUGUUAGGUCAGAUGUCAGCUCUCCCUCCCUCUAAAAAGAUACUCUUUUGAUAUAAAGACAUUCUUCAACUUUACAAUACAGUAAAUAAAUGUUCUCUGUAUUCCCAUUGGCUGGGGCCAUACAAUGGUGAUCUAUGUGGUAACCCAAGGCAGUAAGGCCUGAGCCCAGCCCCCCCAUGCCCACUGAUUCAUGGCAGGGUUUACUGCAGUGCGUGUGUACUGUGACAGCUUAGACACGAUAUGAGAAACCCCAGCAUGGUUUAAAGGCUAAUGUGAUAAUUAGAGCUGCUCUGUGUGCCUCCAUCGCUAGUUAUGGUAUUUUACAAUACAAGCAUCUACCAAGCCCACAUGCAGUAUAGCUUGAAUAUUUACAAACUCAUAUAUCUGAAGUAAAUAUGCAGCUGCUAAGCACUUUGCUAAACACCAAAGCCAAAUUAAGUUGCAGAUUAAGUAAUACAAAAGACCGGUCGUUUAGAAAACAAAA